UAACCAAAAUUACAUCCUUUCUAUCGCCAGCAUCCUUCAUCUCGUUGCCGUGGUAUUCCUUCCUACAACGUGCUUGACGUCUCGCAUAGGUGUGGUAAAGAUAGUGUGACUCCUUGGGAGACCCAUUUCACGUAAUUAACAAGUGGCUAAUAAUCUGCGACUUUUCCGAUAAAGUGGAGAAUGGGCUUAGUUUUCUGAGUGCCGUGUACAACAAUGUGAAAUGUGAAGAACUGGCAUAGUUUUUCGGAUAGUGUUAAACUCUCGGAAUAGUUGUUAUAAAGAUUGUAAUUCGAUCAUAAACAGCAAUGGCGGUUGGUCGUGUAGCAGGGACGGGGAAUAUCGGAUAUUCUUCAAACUAUCGCGGAGGAGGUAGAUCCUACCAUGGAGGAAUAAAUGAAGAAAUAAUAUGGAUCAGUAUUGGAAUGGCUAUUACUAUAGGCAUUCUAAUCACACUGGCACUGAUCUAUCUUGCUUAUGAGAAGUGCCAAAAACGACGAAACCAUUAUAUUCACGCGUAAAAAUGCCCGUUUUUGGAGAACGAUGCAAUGCGUAUGGACCAACACUACCUGGUAACAAUCUUUUACCCAGAAGUAAUUAUAAUCAAAGAUCGUUUCACCUUCAGUCAAAUAUACAAUUAUUUUUGAGCACUAAAAUGUUGAAAAGGCUAGCACCAUUUAGGUCAAAGAAAAAAUGUUAUACUGGAUAAGUAAUUACAUGUACCGAUGUGUAAUGAGUCAUUAAGCGAACGAUAAAUGUUUCCAAAAAAAAACAUUCGGUUUU